UCCGCGGAGGGCAUUGGCGGACACAUGGCGUGACUGCUGUCCCGGGGCUACUAGGAACUCCUGGGGUUUGAGUCGGGGACUUUCUGAAAGCUCCGCGGCGGCGGCGCUUCGGGAGGUGUCGCGAGCCGAGCCCUGCCCAGCCACUUCCAUGCCGGGUUGGAGGCUGCUGGCGCAGGCUGGCGCCCGGGUGCUGGGCUGUGGCGCCGGAGGCCUGGGUGCUGGCCCCGGCUUAGGGAGGAGUAGAAAGAACAUCUUGUUCUUUGUUAGAAAUCUCCACAGCAAGAGUAGCACCUGGUGGGAUGAGCAUCUUUCUGAAGAAAACCUCUCGUUUGUUAAGCAACUGGUCUCCGACGAAAAUAAAACCCAGCUGACAAGUAAACUGAAUCCCUUGAAAGAUGAGCCGUGGCCUUUACAUCCCUGGGAACCAGGUUCUUUCAGAGUUGGCCUCAUCGCCCUGAAGCUAGGCAUGAUGCCUUUAUGGACCAAGGAUGGUCAAAAGCAUGCAGUCACAUUACUGCAGGUACAAGACUGUCAUGUGUUAAAAUACACUCCCAAGGAAGACCAUAAUGGAAAAACCGCAGCCCUGACAGUGGGCGGGAAAACUGUGUCACGCCUCUAUAAACCUGACUCUAUAUUGGAAUUUUACCGAGAUCUUGGAUUGCCACCAAAACAGAUACAUAAAAUCUUUCAUGUGACAGAUAACGCUGUAAUUAAGCCAGGGACCCCUCUUUAUGCAGCUCACUUUCGCCCUGGACAGUAUGUGGAUGUCACAGCCAAAACUAUUGGUAAAGGUUUUCAGGGCGUCAUGAAAAGAUGGGGAUUUAAAGGCCAACCUGCUUCUCAUGGUCAAACAAAGACCCACAGGAGACCUGGUGCCAUCUCAACUGGGGAUAUUGCCAGAGUCUGGCCUGGAACUAAAAUGCCGGGGCGAAUGGGAAACCAAAGCAGGACUGUGUACGGACUGAAAGUGUGGAGAGUGAACACCAAGCACAACAUAAUCUAUGUCAAUGGCUCCGUGCCUGGACAUAAAAACUGCUUAGUAAAGAUCAAAGACUCUACGCUGCCAGCAUACAAGGAUUUCUGUAAGAGCCUGCCGUUCCCCACCUACUUUCCCGAUGGAGACGAAGAAGAACUUCCAGAAGAUUUGUACGACGAGAGCGUGUGGCAGCCCAGUGGACCCUCCGUCACCUUUGCCUGAUGCCUUGGUGCGGCAGGACUCCGUGCUUCGUGCACUUGGAUGAACCAGAUCUGUAGUGGAACCAGGAAUGGGAAUCUAUUCCCUGUGCUUAGUCAUGAGAGCAUGCUCUUGUUUUCACCAAAGGACACAGAUGAGUCACUUAGCCCUCACUUCAGUCUGGUUAGCACGGUUACUGCAUUAAACCAACAGUCACAUAGACUGGGUUGUUAAAAUUACCAAUUUGUGAAGAACAAGAUGCCUGUCAUUGUAGGUUUCAUUCUUUAGACAUGUUUCUUGUUUUGCUUUUGUUUUUAUAAACUUUUAUUAAAGAUUUAUCUCUCUUAAUGUCUGGUUGUGAAGCAGAACCUGGAGGAACUACAUUGCUGCCUGUUGGAUAAAAGAAACCAUUUCUUUAAAAAAAUAUAACAUUCUUUUAGAGUUUAGAAACUUGAUGGGAGGAGGAGUUUUUUUUUUUAAUCUAAAUUACAGAAACCUGCUUGUUAAAAUGAGGACUGGGUGGAUACAGAGCCCCAGCACAGCCUGGCUGUGGAGCAGCCACUGCUGGGCUCUGCUGCUGACCACGGGGAGCACAUGGGCAUUCACUUCUCAGAACUUGGCUCCUGACUUGAGUGUGAGCCUGACAUGCCAUUUCAGUUUUGUCUUGAAAUCAGGGGUCAUAUUUGUAGCCAAACUGCAUUCCAAUUAGCCAUUCUUACCAACACUGGUGCUGGUACUGAGCCUUAAGUAACUGUGUAAGCCUCAGGAAGGGCAGCUGGUAGCCAGCAUGGCACACACCCUGUCCCAGCCCUAGAGAAGCUGAGGAAGGUAGUGGAUUUGAAUUCAAGGCCAGCUGGAGCUAUACAACCAGACUGUCUAAUAAUAAAACAAAGGGGGAACCAACUGGUCAAGGGUACUAGCUUAGAUAGACUAAGUACGAGACAUAAAAGUAGGUCACUGUACUGUGAGGCGUCUUCAGGGGCUCCAUACUCAUUUGUCAUCAUGGCUACCUGUUCUCUGUAGAUGAAGUCUCCCUCAUGAGACCUGACUAGUCAUAGAUUAGUUGCUUCUGCUUUGGAGAAUUUCCAUUCAUUUUCCAUCUGCUGUAAUGACAGUGGUCACUCAGUGGGGGCUGCCCCAGACAGCUGGCACAUGCCAUUCACAUUCUAUCUCCACAGCUGCCUAGGAUUCCCUGAAGGGCGAAGACUCAUGUCCUUGCUGUCUUAGCUGAGUCCUAGCCUUCUUCUUCCCCUUUUCUGCUUCUAAAUAUAGUAAAAGUUCAUGCCACAUGUUUCUCGUUCUUUGUAGAUUAAUGAGAUGGUUAGUUCAAGUUAGAUGGGCCACUUUAAUCAUAAUGAAUCCAUACCACCAUAAAAGGUAAGAAAAUGAACUCACCUGGCCACAGUACCCUGGUGUGGGACGGCUGUGAUUGCUCAUCUUGGCAUCUGAAGAAGAGAAUGAAAUUGACAGUUGUAAUCUUGAUUUCUCUAGCUAAAGCAGACUUCAUGUGGUCCUGAGGUAUGUUUCAGCAUUUAGACGGUUUGUUGUUUUAAGGAGAAAGAGGAUCCAUCGGUUCUGCUAAGACUAUAACACAUCCAUCAGUUCUGCAGUGGCAGUAACUUUGCUUUGUCUGCAAAAGAGUUAACUAAAUACUGAAUCAUAAUCGUAGAAAUGUGUAGUGGCUGUGUCAGAGAUGAAUAGUAAUAAAUGGCUUUUGCAAG